AGUUGUUCCUGAGGAGUUAUGGCCGUCAUGGAAAGUGUUUACCAGAGGAUCUUUUAAUAACUUGGCUUAACCUAUGACAUAAAUGAUAGCAAAUGGCAGCGGUUUUCCUGGUGACCCUGUAUGAGUACUCCCCACUGUUUUAUAUCAGCGUGGUGUCUUUGUGUUUUGUUGUUACCGCCGCCAUUGUGCUCGGCUGGUUUGGCUUUGAUGUCCCAGUGAUCCUUCGCAGCUCUGAUGAGACAGCGUCUAUCCUACCAACCCCUGAUAAGCAAAUGGUUCAGGUGACCAAUCCUUUUGCCCUGGAGAUGGGCUCUGGGCUGGCAUCUGUCACUGAUGGGGUGUCAUUGAGGCCUUGCUGUCUGGAGCCCUGCGUGCUGAGCUGUUUCUGGGGCUGUGAGGUCAGUGCCCUGCAGGGAGGGCUGCAGGCCCACCAGCAUGGCCAGAGGCUCAACACCCCCCAACAUUUCCAGGAUGCCCUGCACCUUCGCUACCACCACUGCCAGAGCUUCCAUAUCGGCAUUGAAGACAGAGAGGAACGGCACACACAGAUUCCUGCUGACCAGGGGAUCACAGAUUUUGGGCCAUUGCCAAGGGAACGCUACCCUCUUGUGGCUGUGCUGACACUGGCAGAGGGAGAAGCCAGAGACAUGUACAACAUUGUGGCCAGUGUGAAUAUUAUUCACGUUCCUGAUGACAAAUACAGCCUUUCUGCACGUGUUCUCUUUCAAUACCUUCUCACGUCACAGGGGAACAUGUUCGAAUUAAAGCCUCUCUUCAUGUCAGCUGACGGUGGGGGGGUAUCUGGGCCUCCUGACUCAGAACAGAGUCCCCAACCCAGUGAACCCAACGACGAGGCCAGCAGAGUACAGCAGAGUCCGGUGCUGGAGGAUGAGGACUGGUCAGAAGGGAGGGGCAGAGACUGUGUGGUCUGUCAGAAUGCGGCAGUGAACAGGGUCCUGCUUCCUUGCAGACAUGCCUGUGUGUGUGACAGCUGUGUGUCACACUUCCAGCACUGCCCCAUCUGCAGGGCCUUCGUCCUAGAGUCCUUCACCCUGACACCGGGACAAGCUGCAGAACAAUGACUCCAUAUUGAACCAGUGAAUGCUAUUUAUAAUAUAAUACGCAGGACCACAUUCACUGUUGCAAAAUAAUCCCUCACUGGACACCAAAUCAGAAUCAAAUAUUCUUGAAAUUAUUUUCCAUCAAGCCUCCAUGGACAAACAUUUAGCUGGACUGUAGCAAUGUAUUAUCUUUGUUAGUUACACUGCAGCAGCUACACAACUACAAACUAAGAACCAAUCCAUUACACUACAUCCAGCGUUUCCCACUGAUCCAUACAUUUCAGAUCUCCAAAUAAAAGAGAAAGUGUUUCUUUCA